GCUGCAUUUAAGGAUCCACACAUCAUUCACAGGAACGAAGCGUUGGUUUGCAGGUUUAUAUUUGCAACAGCAGGACCAUAAAAGCAUGGCAAGCUCUGCUGUUGAUGGCCCAAUUGGGAUUCCAUUCCCAGACCAUAGUAGUGAUGUCCUCUGUGCCUUAAACCGUCAACGUCAGCAAGGAGAGCUAUGUGAUGUUCUUCUUCUGUGUCAAGGACAAGAUUUCCCUGCUCAUCGUGCUGUACUUGCUUCCUGUAGUCAUUAUUUUAGACAACUUUUCACCUCUGGUCCAGCUACGCACCAUAUGACCGUCUAUCAGUUAGACUUUGUAACAGCUGAAUCUUUGUCUGCUCUCCUGGACUUUGCUUACACCGCUACAUUGACGCUAAGUGAGGGAAAUGCUGGUGAUAUCCUAGAUGCCUCACGUUUACUAGAAAUUAACAAUGUCCGGGAUGUGUGUGCUGAUCUCCUGGAUGGGAUCUUCAUGAGCCACAGGGGCUCUGACACUUUUGGAAACUCACAAAACCUGGCACGGGCCCAGGAGUACUUGGAGUACUAUCAAAGCAGAAGCCAGGAUGAACAAAUAGGGAACGCAUGGAACAGAAAUUCUACUUUGGGGGAAGAAUCUGAAACAUUACUUAAUGGAGAUACAAAAUACCACAUUGAUUUACAGAAAAAUGGGCCAGAGGGUCAGGAUUUGGAUGGAUGGGAAAAGAGGAAUGAAGACUGGUCUUAUGUCUCUUUACUGAAUGGGCAUUACAGAGUCCCAGUCCUGGAGGACAAGGGAGAUGUUGACAGUGGCCCUGAUAAAAAGAAUGCAAGGUCAUCACUGACAGAAAGAAUGCUUGAGGCCCCAUGUCUGGAGGAGAUGGACAGUCUCACAGCAAGUGCUCUUUUGCAGCACAUGAUGACUGCGGCAGCUAAAGAUGGGCAAGACCAAGAGGAUGGUAGUGACGAGGGACUAAUGGAUUGCUACUUGAGGUAUUUCCAUGAUGAUGAUGAGGAGGAGGAGGAUGGUGUGGAUAAUGAUAGGGAGGGGUACACAGAUUGGAGUAAGAAGGUGGAGAAGAAAAUGAGGGCCAAAGCUUUUCAAAAGUGUCCAAUUUGUGAGAAGGUCAUACAGGGAGCUGGGAAGCUACCACGACACAUCCGCACCCACACUGGGGAAAAACCAUAUGAGUGUGUGAUCUGCAAGGUCCGAUUUACCAGGCAAGACAAGCUGAAGGUUCACAUGAGGAAACACACAGGGGAGAAGCCUUACUUGUGCCAGCAAUGUGGAGCCGCAUUUGCACACAAUUAUGACCUGAAAAACCACACGCGUGUACACACAGGGCUACGGCCAUACCAGUGCCAGGCCUGCCACAAAACCUUUGUGCGCUCUGACCACUUGCACAGACACCUAAAAAAGGAUGGCUGCAAUGGAGUACCCUCACGCAGAGGCCGAAAACCGAGGGUCAGAGAGAGCUCUUCUCCCAUUCCCCAACCUCCAGGGCAUGGCAGUGAACCAGGGGAAGCUGAAAGUGGAGCAAACAGAUCCUAAAGGAAGCCUUCUGAAAAUAUAUAUAUAUAGAAUAUAUAUGUGUGUGUGUAUAUAUAUGUAUGUGAAAGGACAUUGUGCAUGGGUGGUGGCCUAACUAGCACCACCCUAUUGCAGAAGUAGCUGAAUUGUGAGCAAAUGGGACCACAGAAAGAGACUGUGAUUCUCCAGAAACUUGAGAGGUAGGAUAAAGCUUGAAAAUUGUUGUAUUUAUGGGAAAAAUACCAAGUCUGCAAAGUGGUUGCACAUCAAUUUUUAUAAUUAUUAUUACUUGGAACAGAGCCAGCUCUAUGAUACUGCAUGAAGGAAACAUUAACCUCCAGUUAUACAGCCAUAUUACAUCGCAUCAAACACAUUUUCCAGUUGAUCCAAAGAAACCCCAGAUUCAAACUCAUGUUAUUUUGUACCUACUCUUGUAUAUAUGUAAGGGGAUGGCCAAUCGGUUGGCCAGUAUAUUACUGUUGGGCUAGAGCUACCCUAACAUUAGUCAUAAGUUGACUUCACUCUGCCCACAGUGUACAAAUUACAAUAAUACCAUAAAUAAAUCAAGUGUAAUCAAUAUAUUUGCACAAUGUGGUUUCACACACAGUGUGUGAAUUGUUGAUGUAUUGGAGGUUAUGCAUUGAUCACCCUAACCACUAAACACCAGAAGUGCCCUCAGUACAUAACCCCAAAAUAUCUACUAACAACGUACUAUGCAAUUAUAAAAUAAAAAGAAAGAAGCAUUACGAUGGAAUGUAGACUAAAAAUAGUGCUGGAACUUAAUUUAUUUACCCACAUAAAGGGAAACGUUUUCACAGCCUAUAGCAUCAUUAAAAUCACUUACUCAAUCAA